AGCAUUUUUAAGCGUCCUUGGUGAACAAAUUCCAGUUUGUGUACGAGCAAAAAGGAAAGGAAAUGGGUAAAGGAGGAGAAUCUCAUGAAGAAAACAUGGCUGCAUGGCUUGUGGGUAUCAACACCCUUAGGAUUCAGCCAUUCAAGCUCCCUCCUCUUGGACCCCAUGAUGUAAAAGUUAGGAUGAAAGCUGUUGGCAUCUGUGGAAGUGAUGUUCACUUUCUCAAGACGUUGAGGCUUGCGGAUUUCAUAGUGAAAGAACCGAUGGUGAUCGGGCAUGAGUGUGCUGGGAUCAUCGAAGAGGUUGGGAGUGAAGUAAAGAAUUUAGUGCCAGGAGACCGGGUGGCAUUGGAACCAGGGAUCAGUUGCUGGCGAUGCAAUCCUUGCAAGGAAGGUCGAUACAAUCUAUGCGAUGAAAUGAAGUUCUUUGCCACUCCACCUGUUCACGGUUCUCUUGCCCGUCAGGUAGUGCAUCCCGCAGAUCUGUGUUUCAAAUUGCCAGACAAUCUGAGUUUGGAAGAAGGGGCUAUGUGUGAGCCCUUGAGUGUAGCGGUUCACGCUUGUCGUCGAGCUGAUAUCGGUCCCGAAACCAAUGUGUUGAUUAUGGGGGCAGGACCUAUAGGUCUAGUUACAAUACUGGCAGCUCGUGCUUUCGGGGCACCUAGAAUUGUCAUUGUAGAUGUGGACGAUCACCGGCUAUCUGUUGCUAAGGAUCUCGGUGCCGAUGGAGUUGUUAAAGUCUCAACUAAUAUGCAGGACAUACCCGAAGAAAUUGAAAGGAUCAGUAAAGCAAUGGGAGCAGCAGUACAUGUAAGCUUCGACUGUGCAGGCUUUAACAAAACGAUGUCCACUGCUCUGACUGCCACUCGAGCCGGUGGCAGGGUUUGCCUGGUCGGAUUGGGACAUAACGAGAUGACCGUCCCACUCACUCCGGCUGCUGCAAGGGAGGUUGAUAUUAUCGGAAUAUUCCGGUACAAGAACACUUGGCCUUUGUGCAUUGAGCUUCUAAGAAGCGGGAAGAUCAAUGUGAAGCCUCUGAUAACUCACAGAUUCGGGUUUUCUCAGGAAGAGGUUGAAGAAGCUUUUGAAACCAGUGCCCGUGGUGGCAAUGCCAUUAAGGUUAUGUUUAAUCUGUGACUAUCCUAAUAAAUUAGUAGCAUAAUGAGAGUGGAAACUAUCUUAUACAAUGUACUCUUGUAAAACCUUUGGCUGUAUAUGCAAUAAAAGGAACAAACUGCUACAUUUUGUAAA